CAGACGAUUAGAUCACCGCAGAAACUCUUUCAGACAGCAUGGGACUUGUUAUUUCUCACAUUUUUUCAGGGUUAUUCACCCAACAGGAGACAAGACUACUGAUGCUUGGACUCGACAAUGCGGGGAAGACAACGAUCCUCUACAAGCUGAAGCUCGGCGAGAUUGUCACGACCAUUCCUACAAUAGGAUUCAACGUGGAAACGGUUGCGUACAAGAAAAUCCAGUUUACCGUGUGGGACGUCGGGGGUCAACAAAGGAUUCGUCUUCUCUGGCAGUACUACUUUAAUAAUGCAGAGGGCAUUAUUUUUGUGGUCGAUUCCAGCGAUCGCGAUCGCAUUUCAGAAGCGAAAGAGGAACUUCAUAUGCUGAUGAACAACGACCAAUUACGGGACUCGCUUUUGCUUGUGUUUGCGAAUAAGCAGGACAUGCCUGGCGCUAUGAGCGCGGGUGAACUCACCGAUAAACUGGAAUUGCGGAUGCUCGGACGGAGAACGUGGUACAUCCAGUCUACUUGUGCAACUUCGGGCGACGGCUUGUACGAGGGCCUAGACUGGCUGGCUACCAAUCUCAGGAAGCGUCGCUGGUAGAUCAUGCUUCUCUGUGUGGUUCAGUGGUAGGACGAGGGGUUUCGUAGUAUGUUCGCAAUAUAAUGCAAUGUUAUUAGUCUUGGUAAUGGGGAGGGUAUUAUUGUUCGCUGCAUGGCCCCCUUAUCAAGGUCCGCGUUAAGGCUGUUAGUUUAA